AUGCCGGGAAGUUUAGAACCCUUGGAUUUGGGGGUUCACAUACCCUACCACUUCAGAUGCCCAAUUUCGCUCGAACUCAUGCGAGACCCAGUAACGGUCUGCACCGGUCAAACCUACGACCGACACAGCAUCGAGUCAUGGGUGAGCACCGGCAACACCACGUGCCCCGUCACACGUGCCACUCUCACCGAUUUCACCCUAAUCCCCAACCACACCCUCCGCCGCCUUAUCCAAGAGUGGUGCGUUGCUAACCGCGCUUUCGGCGUCGAGAGAAUCCCCACUCCGAAACAGCCCGCAGACCCUGCCUUGGUUCGCUCCCUUCUCAACCAGACAUCCUCCGAUUCCGCUCCAACUCACCUUCGUCUCUCCGCGCUCCGUCGACUCAGACAACUCGCUCGCGACUCGGACAAGAAUCGCUCCCUCAUUUCCUCUCACAACGUCCGCCAGAUCCUUCUCCCUAUUGUUUUCAAUGCUUCCGAAGAGUUGAAACACGAGUCGCUUGCGCUACUCGUUUUGUUUCCGCUCGGCGAGUCUGAAUGCGCCGCGCUCGCCUCCGACUCCGGGAAGGUUAAUUAUCUCUCGCGGUUGCUCUCGCACAACUCGCUCGACGUCCGAGUUAACUCGGCCGCGUUGAUUGAGAUCGUCGUCGCCGGGACUCACUCGCCGGAGCUCCGCGCGCAGGUGAGCAAUGUCGACGAAAUCUACGACGGAGUCGUGGACCUGCUCCGCAACCCGAUUUCGUACCCGCUCGCGCUCAAGAUCGGGAUCAAGGCCUUGUUCGCGCUGUGCUUGGUGAAGCAAACGCGGCACAAGGCGGUGGCCGCCGGCGCGCCGGCGGUUCUCGUUGACAGGCUCGCGGACUUUGAGAAAUGCGACGCGGAGAGGGCGCUCGCCACGGUGGAGCUCCUCUGCCGGAUUCCGGUGGGAUGCGCGGCGUUCGCUGGCCACGCGCUGACGGUGCCGAUGCUGGUGAAGAUAAUUCUGAAAAUAUCAGAUCGCGCGACCGAGUACGCCGCCGGAGCGUUGCUGUCGCUGUGCUCCGAAUCGGAGCGGUGCCAGCGAGAGGCGGUGACGGUGGGCGUGCUGACUCAGCUUCUGCUUCUGGUGCAGAGCGAUUGCACGGAGAGAGCGAAGAGGAAGGCGCAGAUGUUGCUGAAGCUUCUUCGGGAUUCGUGGCCGCAAGAUUGCAUCGGAAAUUCUGACGAUUUUGCAUGCAGCCAGGUCGUUGUGGUUCCCUUUUGA